AAUGGCGAGGGCAAUGAUAGGUAACAACACCGGGACACAGUGCCCUUUGCUCCCACUUGACAAGACUGUCCGACAACAGCGCGGGAAAUAGCUACCGAGUAGCCAAUAUCAGGGUGACAGUCAUAAUCUAGUUGCUACACCAUUAUACUCAGCAUGGCAAGUGAGCAGGAGGUAGCAGCAGUCGGCAAGAUUCUGGUCAACCCAAAGCAGGACCUAACAACACGGUUCAGAGCUCUCUUCACCUUGCGUAACCUGGGCGGACCAGAGGCCAUCGAAUGGAUCAGUCAGGCUUUUGUUGAUGACUCUGCUCUGUUGAAACAUGAGCUGGCAUACUGCCUGGGGCAAAUGCAGGAUGAGAGGGCCAUACCCACGCUAGAGACUGUUCUAAAAGACACAACACAGGAGCCUAUGGUCAGGCAUGAAGCAGGGGAAGCAUUAGGAGCUAUUGGGAACCUUAAGGUCCUUGACUUGCUGAAAGAGUACUCCGAGGAUCCAGUCAUCGAGGUGGCAGAGACGUGCCAGUUGGCUGUUAGGCGGCUGGAGUGGCUGAUAUCUGGUGGGGACCAUAAAGGAGAAGAGGUCACCGAUGGAAACCCCUACUGUUCUGUGGACCCUGCUCCCCCAGCUCAGAGGAAGAUUGUCCCUGAGCUGAGGACACAGCUCCUGGAUGAGAGCCUGCCGCUGUUUGAGCGCUACAGGGCCAUGUUCGCCCUCCGCAACCUGGGCACCGAGGAGGCUGUCCUGGCUCUAGGAGAUGGUCUUCAGUGUAGCAGUGCCUUGUUCCGCCAUGAGAUUGGCUACGUCCUGGGUCAGAUCCAGCAUCCCGCCAGCAUCCCCCAGCUGCAGGCAGCCUUGGAGCUGGACGGGGAGAGUGCCAUGGUGAGACACGAGUGUGCCGAGGCCCUCGGCUCCAUCGGCAAGGAGGAGUGUAUGAAGAUCCUGGAGCGCUACAGGAAAGACACAGAGCGCGUGGUGAAGGAGAGCUGUGAGGUAGCCCUGGAUAUGCUAGAGUAUGAGAACGGCACACAGUUCCAGUACGCUGACGGACUACUACGACUGCAGGGGGAACAUCAGAUGUGGGAUCAUGAUGGCUCAGGGAGGUGUUGGCUCAAGAUGGAUAAUCCACGCAGACAACGCCAUCAGAGAAAUGAAUAACAGGGUUAUAUAUAAUUAUAAAUACUUUACCAGUUCUUUUCAGCUUUCUCAUUCCCACUUAAACACAUUGCUAUCCUCUGUCUUAACAAAUACAUUUUCACAUAUGCCAUUUAGCAGAUGUUUUUAUCCAAGGCAACUUAGUCAUGCCCUGCAUACAUUUUUAUGUAUGGGGGGCCCCAGUGGGAAUUGAACCCACGACCCGAGGUGUUGGAAGCACCGUACUCUACGGCAUGGGUACGCAACACUUUUCCUGGAGUUCCGCAGAUACUGCAGGAUUUUAAUCCAACUAGGCACCAUACCUGACCAACAGCUAAUUGAGCAGUUCAGUGAUUAUUCAACACACCCGGUCUUCUAGUUUUGUUAAAUCAAAAACAUGAAGUGCCUGCGGAAGUCUAGGGCAGGGUUGCCUAGCCUGCUCUACCCGGUAAUGUAUGGCUCUUGCAACGCCAAGGGUCUUGGGAUACAUUCCUGCUAGAGUCUACCAACUGAGCUAAACAGGACCCCUUAACAGUACAAACAGACCCCUUUUGUAACCCUAAUCAGGGGAACACUUAAGUGUGGUGUGAUGUAUUUACAUCUUCAGUUGUGAGCUCUGCAGAGAGGGGGGGACAGAAAGGCAGCUGUCAGCUCUGUGGAGGGAUAGAGAAUUAGCAGCAUGCUGAGAGGGAGGGCAACCGCUAUAGUAAAAUGGGGUGGAAGGACCCACAUUAAACUUAGCUUAACACAGAGCCGUGGAAACAGUACCUAGCCUUCCCUCAACCUGCCAACAACUCCGUCACCAUGAUGCACCCCAUCAUGAUCGGCAUCGUUGUCGUCAACACCUCCAUCACCGUCAUCUACUGGAUCUUCAUCCUCACAGAGGCCUUCCAUAGGAAGAUAGAGGAAGAGGACAAACCUAAGGAUAACCCUGCCUAAAUGACUAACCUUACAGAGUUGUCCUGCUCAGAGUAGAUUGCUUUUAGUGCUUCUGUGUGUCCUGUUUUGUCUGGUGGAACUGCUCAGUCCUCCACAGCUUCAGCACAGUGCUCCUACCAUUGGAGCCCAGUUUUACACACAGGUAGUGCAUCUCUUGAAACUGAUCAAUAAAUAUAUUUCUGUAUAUGAUUAGCUGUAUUUCUAACAUGUUAUUUUACAAAGGGUUUUCUGACUCACAUUCAUACAGGAAAUGCUAUGACCUUGUCUUGACUCUGUGGCAUUACAGUAUUGAAGCUUAUCUCCAGAUUGGGAAGAGAUUAAAUCAUACACACAUUGCUGAGUGAAAAAAAUCAGAUAUCUUGUGUGCAGAUUCCAGGUUUUAGCAGAUUGAACACUUCCUGAACCCUCCCUUUGUUCGGCUUGAUGUGUCAUCUUAUGGACACCAGACGAUUCCUUACUACUGCUCACAUAAGGAGAGGAAAAUACAUCAAAUGCAGCCUUAGAUCAGGGAAAUGAAUGGACUGAAGGGCAAACUCAACCAAAGGAUUCUUUGUUUGCAGCUCAACCCAGCAAGACUGGGUCCUAGGCCCAGACCCAGAUGAAGAGGAAGGUGCCUGUGAGCCUACAGGAGUGGAGAAGGAGGAGAGGUGGAAGACUGCCGUCGAGGCAAAGAGGUGGAUGACCAUCCAAAUAGAAGAGGAGAGGAAGGGGGUCCUUCCAUUAGUCAAGUCGCCCAGCAUGUAAAAAACAAAGAAUCAACUUUCCUCUCCAGAAAACAGACUCUCAUCUCUAUUAGGCUAAAUGUUAUUCUGACCCCAAUUGACUAAGUUCCCUUGAUAGCAAUACACAGUCCACUCUAUCCUGCUCUCCACUCUGUCCUCAUUUCCUCCCAGGUUGGCUCCCAAGCAGCCAAAUCCCAUUUCUGUUACUUCUAAACUAAUCCCAUUUUGAUACAAAUUAAAGGAAUCUGCAACCCAAUCUAUUUACACAAUGUAAUUUUAGCAUCAGAGGCAUAGGAUAAACUAAGUUACUGUAUAUACAAACAAUGUAACUGUUUUACCAUUUUCUGUACUGUAUAGGAUAACAAAUGUAGACAGUUUGAACAAUCCAAUGGUGCAGAAACAUUCAUUUGUGGCAGUGCUCCCUGAAAGGUUCCAUUUCCUUUUGACCCCCGUAGAAAUAACAGUUAGAUCUUUACUAUAAGAUGUCAGCUCACAUUAAUACCAUGGGACUGAGCAGCACCUGGACAAACACACACAACACUCAUCACUUUUGCUAGUGUUGAGCUUUAUGUGCUGCUGUAAUGCUGUAGACGUAAAUACAUCUGUUUGCUUGUGGCUAAGGUGGCCAAAGAGGAUGACCCUUGUUCCAAUAAAGGAAAGACUGGACCUGUCUGUCUGUCUUUCUGAAUGUGUA